UUUGGGAAUUACAAUAUGGCGGCGAUAUGCUACAGUGUGUUGAUGUAGUCGGAAGCUAACACCUAGCCUAGCUAAUUAUCACUAAACAAGCUGUUGUAAUAACCAGCGGGUACUCUGUACUUCAAGUUUCGUAGUUAACGGUAGUGUUUGUUGUUUUAACAGCUUCAGUCGGGAAAAUGAAUUACACAACGAAGGUGGUUCAGGUGACAAAUGUGUCGCCGAGCACAACAUCGGAGCAGAUGAGAACACUCUUCGGUUUUUUGGGAACCAUCGAAGAACUGAAGUUAUUUCCACCAGAUGAUUCUCCGAUGCCGGUGACAUCGCGGGUGUGCUUUGUGAAGUUCCAGGAGCCAGAGUCUGUUGGAGUGUCUCAACAUUUGACUAACACCGUGUUUGUGGACAGAGCGUUGAUUGUGGUCCCGUUCGCUGAAGGAUCUAUUCCAGAUGAGGCUAAAGCUUUGUCACUGUUGGCGCCAGCAAAUGCUGUUGCAGGGAUUUUGCCAGGAGGAGGACUUCUUCCGACGCCCAAUCCCAUGCCCAAUCCAUCUAUGGGAGGGAACCCUUUCGGUGCACCGAACAUGGACGCAAUGGCUGCAUUUGGAUUCCCAGGAGCCAACAUGAAUCCUCAGGCUGCUGAUCAGCUGUUGAAGUUCAUGACAGAUCCAAAACUGAAUCCUUUGGCUGCGGGCUUAAACCUCAGUGCAAGCCUGAAGGCUGACGCAUCUAAUAAGGAAAUCGAAGAGGCCAUGAAGAGAGUCAGAGAGGCCCAGUCGCUCAUUUCGGCUGCUAUUGAACCUGGAAAUAAGGAGAGCAGAAAGAGGCACUCUCGUAGCAGGUCCAGGUCCAGAAGGAGGAGGUCCAGAUCACGUUCAAGACACAGGCGAUCCAGGAGCAGAUCACGGCGACGGUCAAACUCCAGAAGCAGGAGGCGCUCUAAAAGCCCCCGCAGGAAGCACACUGAAUCCAGAGACCGAGGCAGGCGAUCUCCAAGCAGAUCCAGAGAUAGAAAGAAAGAAGAUUCAGGGAGGAGAAGAUCCAGAACGCCACCUAAAAGCUACAGUACAGCCAGGAGGUCACGCAGCGAGGAGCGGAGACGCAGAAGAAGUCGAAGCAACAGCAGAUCUCCUAAAAAGUCUCCCAAAAGAAGAACCUCCAGGUCUCCAUCUCCUCGAAGACACAAGAAGGAAAAGAAAAGGGAUAAGGAAAGGGACAGGGACCGCAAGAGUGAUAAAGAUCGCAGUCGCGAGGAACGUGAACGCUCCACCAGCAGGAAAAAGAAAAGUAAAGACAAAGAAAGAGAGCGAGAGAGAAAAUCAGAUGGCGAGAAAGGAGAUGUAAAGAUCACCAGGGAUUACGAUGAGGAAGAACAAGGCUAUGACAGCGAGAAGGAGAGGGAGGACAGGAAAGAUUCUGACGACUCUGCUUUGUCUCCUCAGUCUGUAGAAGGUAACAGCACAGCACGUCUUGUGAAGCAGGCCAAAGUUAACGGAGCUGACGAUCACCAUGAAGAGGACAUGGACGUCAGCGAUUAAACCGUCCAUCCUUCUUCGUCCCUUAUUAUCCCUCCCUUUUGGUUGUGAACAUAUUACGACUUUUGUCAAAUCUAAAAUGUGAAGUGAGCGUCAAAUGUAAAGUUUUUCGCACAGAAGAGCCAUCAACUCUUUUUGCGUACGUACAAUGCAGAAUUGUCAUUUUUUUUGCAGUCUGCCUGAUGACAUCAUCACAUUGCUUUAAAAGUACCCACUUGCUUUUUGACUCUACAAAAUGUAGUUUGUUAAAACUGGAAGUAGACUUGCUUUGCUUUUCUUGAGCUUGUGUUGUCGGGUUUUGUCACUUUUUCCCACAUACUGUAUCUUUUACAUUUUUGUUGAGUGUUGUGGUGUGUUGUUCAGGCCUCUCCCCCCACCUCCACCUUCUCAAACAGUUAAUGCAUUUGUUUGUUAUUUGAAAGUGUUGAUUGUUUUACCAAGGAUUUCUUUUAUAAUAAAGUCUAUUUGAAGAACCAAGACUUC